CGGUUAUUCCUCUCCAGCUCUCUGUCUCUCUCUCUCGGCAGAUCGCAUCUCGCUCUCUCGGCAGACCUCGAUUGAGUAUGAGUUUGAGGGUUUUCCACUCCGUUUUUGAGUUUGACUGUAUGAGGGAUUUCCAUAACUUUCUCUCCCUCUUCGUGAAAGCCGAUCGCUCAAAGUUUUUAUGUGAGUGUACUUUCACCCGCUUGACGUCGUUUGCUUUCAAGAGACAAAUUUUGAAUCCUCACCAAUUUGGACCACGCCCAUUGAUAAGAAGUGAAGGCAAGCAGUUACAGUGUAUUUUUCUUGUAUUUUUCCACCUCACACAGAGGACCUCAAGCCUCAGAACCUGUUUCUCGACGAGAACGAGCACCUCAAAGUCCACCGAGUUUUAGAGAAAAUUCCAAAAGCGCUUAUACUUUGGUUCAAGAAGUAGAGGAAAGCUGUGUCAAAAUUUACAAACGAGAAACUCCACUCUAGAAUUGGCAGCGGUUAUGUGAAAUAGUUCAAUAGUUACUUCUCAUGUGAAGUAGGGCAGGUGAAAACAAGAAUGCUUUUAGAACAUAUGCUGGGAAAAUUUAGCUCUAAAAAAGGAGGUGUACCGUCUUAACAGAAGAAGCUCCUAUAGAAAAUUUGGUUUUGUUUUUAGGCCUGACAAUUUAGUUAGGGCCUAACUUUAUGAACCAUUAAGCAUCUUGGGCCAUAAUUGACAUUAGACUAUAUAAUAGACCCGAUCACUAUAUUGUACCAUGGGAAAAUUACAGGAAGCUCUAAAACCCAUUUUCUCAAACCCUUUUUGGCACUCGGACUAUUCUAUGUACAUGAAAAUGUUGCAGCUUUGCAUGGAGGGGAAGGCUGAAAAAGCCGGUCGUUUGAUUCACAACAAACUAAUAACAAGUGGGUUUGAUUCAAACGUCCACUUAAAUACAAGACUGAUAAUCUUUUAUGCGAAGUUCGGUCUCAUGGAUGCAGCCCGUAACCUGUUCAAUAAAAUGCAUGAGAGAAGUGUAGUGUCCUGGACUGUGAUGAUUUCUGGGUUUUCACAAAAUGGGCAUUAUAAAAAUGCUUUGAUAAUGUUAUUGGAAAUGCGUCGGGCAGGUGUUAAGGGCAAUCAGUUUACCUAUGGGAGUGCGUUGAGGGCGUGUACUAGUAUGAGGUGGUUGGAAGUGGGGAUGCAAGUACAUGGAUGCAUUCAGAAGGGUAGGUUUGUGGAGAAUUUGUUUGUUCAGAGUGCAUUGGUUGACUUGCAUGCGAAAUGCGGGAAAAUGGAGGAUGCACGAUAUUGGUUUGAGACAAUGUCAAAGAGGGAUGUGGUUUCUUGGAACGUGAUGAUUGGUGGAUAUGCUGUUCAAGGAUUUGCUGAUGAUUCAUUUCGAAUGUUUCGUUCAAUGAUGAGAGAAGGAUUCAUUCCUGAUGGCUUCACCUUGGGAAGCGUCUUGAGAGCCUGUGCUGCUUGCAGUGGUCUCAUGAAGCUCAACCAGACACAUGGCUUAAUCAUCCGAUUGGGUUUUGGAUCACAUAAUGCUUUAACUGGAUCAUUAAUUGAUUCUUAUGCAAAAUGUGGAAGGGUAGGAAGUGCUUACGAUUUAUACAAGAGUAUGCCAGCAAAAGAUAUUAUAUCUUGCACUUCACUGAUAGUUGGAUGUGCACGCAAACGUAACCAUAGUAAAGAUGCGCUGGAUCUCUUCAAAGAAAUAUUUCAAAUGCACAUGGAAAUGGAUGAAGUUAUAUUUUGCUCCAUGAUUAAUAUAUGUGCCAACAUAGCAUCAUUAAGUUUCGGAAGACAAAUCCAUGCUUUUGCUUUAAAAGUUCAACCCUGUUAUGAUGUGGCCAUGGGAAAUGCUCUCAUUGAUAUGUAUGCAAAAUGUGGAGAAAUUGAAGAUUCUAAACGUGCUUUUGAGGAGAUGGAGGAGAAAAAUGUCAUUUCUUGGACAUCGUUGAUUGCAGGAUAUGGGAAACAUGGCUUUGGCCAUAAGGCAAUUGCACUAUAUAAGGAGAUGGAACAUGAAGGGCUAAGGCCAAAUGAUGUUACAUUCUUGUCUCUUCUCUUUGCCUGUAGCCAUAGUGGAAUGACUGGUGAAGGAUCAGAAUGCUUCAAUAGUAUGGUCAAGAAGUACAAUAUUUUGCCUAAAGCGGAGCAUUUUUCCUGUAUGAUAGAUCUCUUUGCACGUGGAGGCCAGUUAGAAGAAGCUUAUAAUUUGCUAUGUGAGAUGAAAAUGAAACCUAAUGCUUCAAUUUGGGGUGCCAUUCUUGGGGCAUCUAGCACCUAUGGUAAUUUAUCUAUUGGGGAAAUAGCAGCCAUUAAUCUUCUUAAUAUGGAUCCCAAGAAUUCAGUUAACUAUGUUGUUUUAGCAAGCAUAUAUGCUGCACAUGGCGAAUGGGACAAUGUCUCCAAGAUGUGGAAUUUGAUAAAAGAGAGAGGUUUAAAAAAGGAUCCAGGAUGUAGCCUUUUACAAUCUACGAAGAAGGAAAUCACACAUUUGCAGCCUAGUUGAAAGUGCAGAACUGUCCUACUUUUUACUUCUUGGGGAGAGCGUAAAACUUAUAAAAUAUCCUGCUGACCAGACGAUUCAUAUGCUAAGGCUGUAGAACAGUAUGAGAGAGUGCUUGCACAGUCUUGUGGUCCAUUGAUGUAUUCCUGGUUCACAGCCUUCUGUUCCCAUGCUUCUUUACAUUCAGAUAUGCAUUCUCAUGCUUGAAGUAUAAUAUUAUUGUGGAAAAUAUAUGACCGCAAAGGGGCUUGGAGCUUUGAGCAACUUCAAGGCUUGACAGUGUCAUAUUUUUAUCUGCAUUCCAAGGUUAGGCUCACAUUUGGUGUCUGAAUUCUGCAUAAGAUCUCACAGGUCAGAUCCAGCUUUUACCCCUUUUCGCUAACUCAACCGACUAUUUGAAGUUGAGGAAUUUAGUACUGAUGCAGUCCAGGAUUUUAUGCUUUGUUUAAAGAUCUUUUGAAGACCCUUUUAUGUUCUUAAAUGAUGUUUUCUGAAUUUUGCCCUUUCGUAAAGUACACUUGAAGAGGGAAAAGGUCGAGAGAAGUCGGGACAGAAAGUGGAAGAAAUGCAACUACUAAAAGGAAAUCUGAGAAUAGUACCCUAGCUACCUUACAAGAGAAUUACACUUGGAAGAUAUACUGUGCCACUAUUAUGCUUGCCAUAGUCAUGGUGUUGGAUUAUAAUUAUUAAAAGUAUCUUUUCUUAAACAGGAUCAGAUUUACAAGUGGAAGAAUCUCAACAAGUACGAUCUCCUCUUACCGAGAAAAUUGCUGCCGACCCAUUUCCAAAAUCUCUACUAGCAUACAAAUACAAUAGUGAUACUGUUAUGUCUUCCCCUAGUUUGCCUCCUCUCAAGUUCAACUCUGGCUUUCUGGCACAACAUAGUCUGGUUACUCCCUACCUGGAGUCCUGGACGACGAAGACGACGAUGCUGAGAGCGUAGCUUCAGUUCCGGAUGAUGAUGAUGCCGAUUACUCGGACGAAGAAGUUUUGGGAUCUAA